AGACUACAAGACAAACUCAUGCUCAGACGGCCCUUCUCCUCCGCAGCCAUCGCAUGUGCAGGCAAACGACCUCCAAAGCCAAAACCAUUCAUGCCACCCAUGACAGACCUAUCCUCCGCCAUGCGACAAGAACAAACUGAACAGCAACUCCGACAGCAAGAGCAAUCCCGUCUCACGCAAGAACGACGCAGCAGGGAAGGCUACUCAAAGGAAGACCUACAGUACUUUGAGCCACGCAUCGAUGUCGCAGGUGAAAUUUACUCGCCCCAAGAUUUGGCAUUUGAGGCGAGACGGCCACUCAAUCGACGGCGUGCAGAGGGUUAUAACCAGGAUGAUUUCGCCAUACUGGGAAUCGACCCGCAGGAUGAGUACAAGUCCUUCAAUCUUCUCAGCGAGUACAUCUCCACACUCGGUCGUAUCAAGCCGAGAGAAGCAACGGGCCUGUCUGCAAAGAAUCAGCGGAAAUUGGGGAAAGCCGUGCGUAGGGCAAGAGCACUCGGUAUUCUGUCUACCACAGCACAAGAUCCAUCCCUCGGACAAGCCAUCAAGGCGAGUCGUCAACGGCCAGUGGAUUGGUUGCAACGAGACUAGGCAUCUCACAUAAUCAUGACCCUCAAAAAUUAUUAUUACAUAUACCUUGCUACUUGCGUGCAAAGUCUGGUGAAUGACUCCACAACGACUUCCACAAGAAUGCCUCACUCAACAACAUCUCAAUCUCCUUAUCCCCCCAGCUUUGCGUGGGUAAGGCUUGGAUGAACAUCAUGAUCCCCUGAAAAUCGCGUUCCUUGAUUUGUGCCGAC